CCGCCCCUCGCAGCGCCCGCCGGGGCGGCUCCAGGGCAGCCCGGGACGCUGCGCUCCGUCCGCUCCCGCCGUUGCCGCCGCUGCCGCCGCUGCCUCGCGCGCUGGCAUUCACUCCGUCCCGCGCCGCGCCCUCCCUGGUCUGCAGCCGCUCGGCGCUGCCGCCCGAACGCCGCGUCCCCGGCCCCGACCUCGACCCCGGCCGUAGCCCCGGCGCGCCAGGAGCGGACAUGAGUGCGGCCGCGGCGCCGGCGCCCGAGCGGGGCUGGAAGAGCGAGAAAGUGGACGAGGCGCAGGCCCUGGCGCGGAGCUGCGCCGCCCGCAGACCCGACUUCCAGCCGUGCGACGGGCUGUCCAUCUGUGCCACGCACAGCCAUGGCAAGUGCUUCAAGCUGCACUGGUGCUGUCACCUAGGAUGGUGCCACUGCAAAUACGUGUACCAGCCCAUGACCCCGGUGGAGCAGCUCCCCAGCACCGAGAUUCCCGCGAGGCCCCGAGAACCCACAAACACCAUUCAGAUCUCAGUGUCGCUCACCGAACACUUCCUGAAAUUCGCUUCUGUCUUCCAGCCUCCCCUGCCCCCCGACUCGCCCAGAUACUGCAUGAUCUCCGAUCUCUUCCUCGACAACUAUCAGGUGAAAUGCAUUAACGGGAAGAUGUGCUACGUGCAGAAGCAGCUGCCCCCCUCCUCCCCCAGGCCGAGCCCCGAGGAGCUCUCUGCCCACGAUGCCUUAAUUCCAGACGCGAGCAACACACCAAAGCGAGGUCACUGUUCCUCCCCUUCCAGUUCCGAGGACUCGGGGAUCAACGCGAUUGGGGCCCACUACGUGGAGUCAUGUGACGAGGAGGACACGGAAGGGGCAGCAGAGCUGAGCUCAGAGGAGGAUUACAGCCCAGAGAGCAGCUGGGAGCCGGACGAGUGCACCCUCCUGUCGCCCUCGCAGUCGGACCUGGAAGUGAUCGAAACCAUAGAAACCACGGUGUGAGUGCCGGGAGCCACCCCGACCCUCACGAGCUCUUGUACUUUUGUCUGAUGGAUCCUUUGCCAAUGCUGUGGAUAUUUUCUGCCGCCCUUCUGCCAACCAUAGCAGUUUGGUGGUCUGCCAGUGAGUGUCCCCUUACAUUAGUCUUACACUUGAGACCGUUUUCUUACUAGCAGUUUUCUUUUGUAUCUUGACAUACUUUCUAUGUAGCAUCUGCUGUCACAUAUUUUGACCCAGCCUUAAUUUCACUGGGAACUUUUGAAAGCAGCAAAGUGAUGACCACAGAGUAUCUCAAUCAGUGGGAGGAGCUGCCCAGAGUGACGGCAACUGUAUUUCCCAGAGAGCCAGUCCUUUGCAGAAAGACUUGGCGUCCCUGCCCGGCCCCAGGGACAGGUGUGCCCUGGUCCUCUUGCCCACCACCAGGUCUGGACCAGAGCUGCGCCCUGACUCCUGGGAUGGAGGACAGCACGGCCUCCAGGGUUGGCCAGAAUCUGCAUAACUGUUCACAACGGGGCCGAGCUAGACCUGCCCUGUGUGGAGAGGACUCCGGCUCCGGCUUGCUCCGCCGCAGGGGACUGUGGGGGGACAGUGGACUGAGACCCGAGUCCCACUGCCAGGGGCUCGAAUCCCAGCACCCAGGGCUCUGGGAGCCCAGGGAAGGAGAUGGACUUGGCCUCUUGGGUGGGUUCCUCAUUUUCCCUGCUUUUAAUUGUUCUUCAAAUCCGAAGAAAAUGUUUAGGAAGUAGGUAUUGCAUUUAGGAGGCAGCCACAUUUGACAUCUUAAAAACAUAGUUUUAGUUAGCAUGGAAAUGCUAAAAGACAGAAGUCCUAUAGGAAUUAGGAAUGAAUCUAAUAGGUUUGAUUAAUUCUGCUUCAUUUGGUUGUAUGAAGCAUUAGAAUGGCUUUAGGUGAGAAGUGGGUUAGAAUUCAGUAUGAUGCAUGGAUGUUUUUAUGCAAAUGCAGGGGCAGUUGAAAUAAUUCAGUGCUGAGUCAGGAGCAGAUAUUUUGUGUAAUAUUCACUGAUAAUCACGAUCCAUUGUAUGUGUCUUCUCUCAAAUGCACAAAAUAGUAAUUCUUUUAACACUUGUCAAAAUUUUCCUCCUCCUCUUCAUUUGGACCACGUUAGUUGGGUAUCUGCCAUUUCUCCAAAGCUUCUAUAGAAGACAGUUGAGAAUCCAGAAGCUUUAACUGUGGCCUGAUGGGAUGAGAACCAUCAAGUUGGAGAGAAACUUCCACCCUAGCUGUCCAUGACUGCUUCCGCGGCAUUUCUUGUGCCCUGCCAGCACCGGGACGCAUCUCCUCGGUGUCGCUGUAGUUUGUGGUUUAGGAAAAGGGAGGCUCGUGGAUUCUUCCUUGAAGUCUGCAGGGCUCCAUAGGUGUAGGUCCCCAAAACAUCCAUUGGGUUUAGAAGGCAGAGCAUGGGCUUCCUUUGAAAACAGGGUUAGUAAAAACUUUCCGUGCAGGAUGAGAAAGCAGCUUAAGGUUCCCCACUUACUGAAAUUUAGACUCAACAGGUCAAACCAAGAAGGUGACAGGAGGCGCUGCAGAACAGUGAGGCAGAGAGGGCCAACGGAUGCGGGCAAGAGGCUGAGGCAUCGCCUUGCUGCCCUGGCGGCCUGGGGACAUCUGAAGAGCCUUGGCGGAGGUUCUUGGUGCCUCCUUUGAGAGAAGGCCCUGAGGAAGGCAGGGAGGGAAGCCAGACCCCCGGCCACACGCAUGCUUAUGCUCAGGGUUGUGGCGGCAGCUCCUGUGCCCGGUGCGCUCUGGGUCCCCUGGCAGGAGGCAAUGGGCAUCUUCACACCAUCGCCCUGGUGUCCUAUUCCAGGCCCACGGCCACACCGAUUGAUUAGAGGCAGCAGUCAAGUGUGCAUGCCAUGGACCUCGUGUCUGCAGCUUCUGAGGCUGCGUCUGCAGUGGGGUUGGGCCCUUCACUGGUCACAUCAGUGACUUCUGUCCAGGUUUCUGCUUUUUAACCUCUUGAACUGCCACUCUGAUAAGCCACAAUUUUAAUGGAAUUUUUGGAUUUAAUAAUGGUUAAUAAUCACUUUAAAUAUUUGCAUAAUUUCUUUAUAAUUAAAACUAAGCUUCACUUAAUAUUUUAUAGAAUUGGAGACAUUCCAUGGGGUUCUAAAUAUUAGCUACUUCUGGAUCUCAAAACAGCCUUUUUCCUAAAUAAGCACAAGCAAGAUUUUUUGUUCUAGCACUGUUAAUACUAAUAAUUCUCUGAAAUAGGAUUGAACUGGACUUGUUUAUGCUUGCAUUCCAAAAUCAUCUAAGGAUAUAAAUGUACUUUCAACGUAAAUUUUAGGCCUAUUCUCUCCCAUGUUAUACGAAAGGAUCUCUGUAAUCCUGUUAUUAUAUUGCUGAUUUACAUAAGCAUAUUUAUAGGCACUUUAGAAAUAGAUUGCAAUGUGUACUAUAGAUGUUAAGCACAGGCAUGUUAGGUAGGCUUUUGAUUAAUACCUGGGCUCGAGGCCUGGUGGCUGCUUCAUCCAGACCCAGAAAGCACACCGGGUGGGUCACGGGCACACCGGGCACUGGUUCCCCAUCUAGGAAGUUGGUGUGAAGGUUUGUACAUAGAAACUCAGCUCCUCUCAAUGUGGAACGCAGAUUUCCUACCUAACCAGAAUUUCAGAACUUAAAUUUCAAAAACGCUUUUGUGAUCACAACUAUUUGGUACUGUAAGGCUUUUAUGUCAAAUCUAGGUACUUUCUAUAUUAGUUUUAAGGUAUAAGAUGAGAAUUCAGAUUUGUUUGUAUCUUGGGACCGGUAGCUUUCUGAACCUCUCCUUCCUGGACAGUUCUCUUUGGACUGACCCUAAUGAACACCUCUUAUGCACAUUUAAUUCUCUAUUUGCGGAAGAAGAUGCACCCCAAUACCUUAGAAAGCUGUCAGGAUACCCAGAGAAAGUUGCCAGGGUAGAUGCUGCUAGGCAAGGGGAAAAGCAGAAUUGAACAAUGCAGAUUCAUGCAGUCAGCUCUUGAUUGUCUGCAAAAUUUUCCUGCCACAUCUUGGCUUUUGCCAUGAGGAAAGCAGUGGAGCUGUUUUUCCCCUGGCCUGGAGGAGGUGGGGGGCAGAGCGGGAGGACAGGCCUGGCUCUGGGAUUGCGGGGUGUGCGCUGCUCUCUGCACACUGGGGAAAGGCAGGCGCGCUGCACUGCGUACUGAGCUGUGUGUUCCCUGGCCGUCAGCUUGUCUCAGGUCCAAACGUAAGCACAAGGGCACUUGUUAAAACUCACCAUUUAAAGCGCUGCUCCUUGCCAGGCUUACGGUACAGGGUGUGGAAGGUUUCCGGGCCAUGUCGGGUUCUCCCCACGGCUGUAGCCCAUCCAGGGGGUCUGAGCUUUGGGGUUUCUCUGUUCACAGAUGCCAUGUGAGGCUGUUCAUACCUUGCAAUAUUCACUUCUGUGCUAUUUUUUUAAAACUAUAUUCCAAAGUUUUAAGCACAAUGUUGACUCUUCUGUAAUUUCCUACAAUACUGUUUUCUUGAGACAGCUCAACUUUCUUUUCCUGUGUAAUACUAAAAUACUGCCGUGUAAAAUAAAUGCAAUUUCUUUUGUAUCGGAACAA